AUGCUGAGGCACCUGUAUCCUUGGCACAGGCCAUCACUGAGCUGUAGUUGGAGUAGACUCUGUCUUUUGAAGCAUUAUCUAUUUGCAACGAAGUUGCAGUCUCCGGAGUUCCAGUCACUUUUCAUGGAAGGAUUGAAGAGUCUGACAGAAUUAUUCAUCAAAGAGAAUCAUGAAUUAAGAAUAGCGGGAGGAGCAGUGAGGGAUUUAUUAAGUGGGGUAAAGCCUCAAGAUGUGGACUUUGCUAGCACUGCCACCCCUACUAAAAUGAAGGAGGUGUUUCAGGCAGCUGGAAUUCGGAUGAUAAACAACAAAGGAGAAAAGCAUGGAGCAAUUGCUGCCAGGCUUCAUGAAGAAAAUUUUGAAAUUACUACACUACGGAUUGAUGUUACCACUGACAGAAGACAUGCUAAAGUAGAAUUCACAACUGACUGGCAGAAAGAUGCUGAACGCAGGGAUCUGACUAUAAAUUCCAGGUUUCUAGGUUUUGACGGUACCUUAUUUGAUUACUUUAAUGGUUAUGCAGAUUUAAAAAAUAAGAAAAAAGUUAGAUUUGUUGGACAUGCUAAAAAGAGAAUACAAGAAGAUUAUCUUCAAAUUUUAAGAUAUUUCAGGUUUUAUGGCAGAAUUGUAGACAAACCUGGUGACCAUGAUUCUGAGACACUGGAAGCAAUUGCAGAAAAUGCAAAAGGCUUGGGUGGAAUAUCAGGAGAGAGGACUUGGGUGGAACUGAAAAAAAUUCUUACUGGUAACCAUGUAAAUCACUUGAUUCAUCUUAUCUCUGAUCUUGAUGUGGCUCCUUAUAUAGGCUUACCUGCUAAUGCAAGUUUAGAAGAAUUUAACAAAGUCAGUAAAAAUGUUGAUGGUUUUUCACCAAAACCGAUGACUGUUUUGGCUUCAUUAUUCAAAGUACAGGAUGACAUCAGAAAAUUGGAUUUGAGGUUGAAGAUUUCAAAGGAAGAGAAAAACCGUGGCCUAUUUAUAGUUAAAAAUAGGAAAGACUUAGUUAAAGUAACAGAUAGUUCAGAACCACUGAAACCCUAUCAAGACUUCAUUAUAGAUUCUAGGGAACCUGAUGUGACUGGCCCUGUGUGUGAACUACUGAAGUACCAAGGUGAGCACAGUCUCCUAAAGGAGGUGGAGCAGUGGUCCAUCCCCCCAUUUCCUGUGAGCGGCCGUGACAUCAGGAAAGUGGGCAUUUCUUCAGGAAAGGAAACUGGGGCUCUGUUUCAACAACUGCAUGAACAGUGGGAAAAAAGUGGAUUUCAAAUGGAAAAAGAACUUCUAAGUUACACAAAGAAGCCCUAAAACUGAUCAACGAUCUGGCUAUUAAAAAGUGGAAACUUCUGGUGAGACUCUCUACACUCCCCCACCAUCCCUUUUAAUGAGAUUAAAGAAACUAUAGCAGAAUUGAAGCCAUUGUGGAGGGUCUCUUUAGAAGAACUAAGUCUUACUUUGUAAAAUCUCCUUUUAAUCUGGUUUAUAUCACUAAAUCUUAUACUUGUUUUGGAAUACUUGCAACUGAGAAAAGUAUAGUUGGCUUCCAUCUAUCUGUAUGGAGUUUCUAAAUGAAAAUUUUGUUUUUGCACAAGGCAGUACUAAGAUUGAUGUUUAAAAAGUGGUAACUGUCUUUAAAAAAAUAUUUAAUGUUUGUACUGAUUCCCUAUGUUGUUUCAGUUCUUAUAUGAAUGCCAAAAAUAACUUGUGUCUGAAAAAAUAGUCAACAGAUUUUCAUAAAACCAUGUAGAAAAUAUGAAUAACAAGCAUAUCCUGCGUGGCUGACAUUCAUACUUUUCUGUCGUAAGAUUCUUUACAUGCAAAGCCUGGUA